AUGUCUAGCACUACCAUGCACUUUGGCCCCGAAUGGAUGCGCACAAAGCACCAGCCAGCAGCGAGACCACAGCGUCCGCCUUCUCCGACGCCCAAUAAUCUUCCCAUUGCAACCGGCGCGUCGACAUACUCUGCCCUGGUAUCUCCUGCGGCCCCGCCACAGCCCGACCAACCAGAUGAAACACACCCAUUUCGAUAUUCCAGGGAGGAAAUGCUUAGGAUCUAUAAAGAAUGUCAAGGUAGAGGCGUCUUGGGUAUUGAAGUGGAGAGGUGGGAGGGAGUCGUGAGGGAUAUUGCAACAGACCCGGUGGCAUGCAAAGAAAUGGAUGAAGCAGAGAAGAAGCUUUUUGCAGCCCCUCUUAACUCUGAAAUUCGUAGACGCCAGUCAACUACUGAUCACCCGACCUUCUUGUCCACAACAACUACAGGGCUGGAGCGUCCUCGGUUAGGCCACUCUAAUACAACAGCUGCAGCAAGCCCUCACAGAGACAGAUUCGGGGUGUUAAUGGGGCGGAGAAGGGACUCAGAUGCACCAUCUUUGACGAUACCGGGACGGAAGGUGUCGGGAGCUCUGCCGUCGCCCCGUGAUGGAGGCCUCGUGUCCCCUCGUUCUCGCUCUGGAUUCGACGGUGUGUUAAGUGGCUCUGGAGAAGGUUGGUUAGCACGUCGCAAGGCAUCAGAGAGCAAGCAACUGGAUCCUGGCGACGCAUCUGCUGAAAAGAAACCCUCUGGGGCAGAAGACUCGACAGCACGUACCGACGAGGGAGGCCUCAAACCAAACGGAAAUCAUUCAUCGUCAACAACAGAACACGGUUCAUCAAUAAGUGAUACCUCCCAGAUGACUCAAGCCGAGGAUCAUGGCCUGAGCAACGGCGUACGCGACUUGUCGCUGGAAGAGACUAAUGGUACUAGCGCUAUUAGUGCAGUCGAGGGGGGCUCAUCUAGUACCUCUGCGCAAGAUUCGGUAGAUCUUGCCAGCGUAGAGUGGUCAUAUUUAGAUCCUCAAGGUCAAGUUCAAGGUCCCUUCCGGGCUGAUACAAUGCAAAAAUGGUACGACGAUGGCUAUUUCACGCCCGACCUUCCUACGAAGCGAACCCAGUCCGAUGCAAACUGGAUACGUGUCGAUGAGCUGGUAAUCAAGGCGCGAGGGGGCAAACCAUUCUUGUCACCGCCGGAGUCGCCACCACCGCCUCCCCCUGGCCUCAUGCGACACGCGGGCGCGCCCCCCAAUAGUAUUGGCAUACCGUUAGCGAACAAUUCCUUUAGUCAACCAUUCCAACCAGCUCCUUUAGCGAACCUUCGUACCUCAACUCUUGACUCAUUCCUGACCAACGGUGCGGGCUUCGCAGAAUCUCCUUCGUCUGCUUUCAGCGCUGGCCGAUUUGGCAACAAUUCCCCUGAUGCCAUUGGUGGUAGAACAUCUAGUAGGGGAUCGUAUACUAUGGGUGACCCCUCGGUGGGCGUGCGGCCUGUAGGUUAUGCUACCGUCCCAGAGUCUUCAGUUACGUAUCCGCCCGUUCGUCGAGAACUAUAUGAUAUAGAUCCCACCUAUGGUGUGAGAUCUCAACAACCUUAUGGCAAUACCGCGCCUGGACGGCCCGCAGACAUGUACGGUUUCAACGGGGGAUACCAACCGAAUCAAUGGUCGACCUCGAUAACCGAUCCAUCCAUUGCAAACGGCUAUGAAGUAUAUGGAAUCCCCAUAUCUACGCCACCUUCCGCCACCGAUAACAUCCCCGUUCCGGUGCAACCCACUGAACCGAGCAACGAGUCCGCUGUUGCGCCAGCUCCUUGGAAAAAACCCGCAGACUCUACACCUCGCCCGAGUCCAUUUGACGCGCUUCAUCCAAAAGCUACGAAUACCGCCCCCGCUGCACCCGUCCCCGUUUCUCAGCCCUCCGCAUGGAAGCGCAAUCCACCCCCUUCCCAAUCCAACCAGUCAAAUUCGCAUGUCAAUGAUCCUUCGCCGUGGUUUGCGGCAUCGCAUGUUGCUGAAGAUGAUGCUUGGAAAGAACCCACUGGGCCGAACAGCCUUACCUUUAGUAAUAUCGUACAACAUAAUAAUCAGCAGCAGCAGCUAGCGGCCGAAAACAACACUCCUUCUGUCACCCAGACGGCGCAACCACCCGUCGCCACACCCAAACCGUCCAUGCCCGCCGAAACUCCAGCUGCACCCGCCGCUGCGGUGGCUCCCAUCGGUAAUGCGAAAUCUCGGAGAAAGAGUACCUCUCAACAGGCUCAGAAACCCGCUGCUGCUCCAGCUGCUCCAGUACCCUCUUUACCAACCAAGAGUCCGUCGCCGCCGCCAUCCACGCUAUCCGCAGGAGCGAAGCAACCUGCUUGGGCAACGGAAGAGGAUUCGAAGAAAAGCAAGCCAUCGAGUGUAUCUUUGAGCUUGAGGGAAAUUCAAGAGGCAGAAGCUAAGAAGGCAGAAGCUCGCAAGGCUGCUGAACGCGAGAAGGAACGGGCUGCAAGAGCUAUUGCGGUAGUUGACGAGGCUCAACCAUUUUCAGCCUCUUGGGGUUUGCCCACGUCUCAAACUGGUUCUCGUAGUAAUCUUUUGGGCAAAGAAGUGUUAGCUGGAGCCGCCGCCAGCAGCUCAGCGCCAACUACGCCUCCCGUUUGGACCACUGCAGUGAAGCCUCCUUCGACCAAGAAGACGAUGAAGGAAAUCCAGGACGAAGAAGAGCGUCGUAAGAAGCUCGCUGUCAAAGAGACGGCCGCGGCAGCCUUGAAAAGAGGGUAUGCUGAAAGCACCACUAAGGCCACAAGUCCUGCUCAACCGCCAGCCCAAGCGAGCAACGCAUGGUCUGUUGUAGGGCCAAGUGGAAAGGCCGUUCCAGGUGCUGCUCCUGCCCGUCCUCCGAUCACUCCCGCGGCUUCUCAUGCCCCCGCCGCACCUGCGCCUACUCCUCGACCCAAUGGCAUAACUACUACCAGACCUAGCGCGGCUUCAGUUGCUAAAGCUGCCUCCAAGAUUGAUGACUACCCUGUGAACCCAUCACACGACUUCUUGAAAUGGCUGAGCGAUUCGCUGAAAGGCCUCAGCAGCACCGUCAAUGUCGAAGAAAUCAUGCAAAUGCUCUUGUCGUUCCCCCUUGAUCCAGAUCCCUCGACGACCGAGAUCAUCUCCGACCUCAUCUACGCCCAUAGCACCACUCUUGACGGCAGACGCUUUUCAGCCGAGUUCAUAAGUAAGCGCAAAGCUGACGUGGCUUCCCGUCCGAAGACCAACGUCAAUGGCAACGCCAUGAGUAAGCCGGUAUCGAUUGCAGACGUCGUAAAGGCCCAACCGAAGCCGACCCAGCCCGAGUGGGGAGGCUUCAAGGUCGUCAACAAGAAGAAGAAAGGUGGACGAGCAUAA